UCUUUGCAGCAGCAUCAGCAGCACAGACGACACCUGUCACUUUUCUUCUGGAAACCACACAUAUUUCAUCUUACUUGUCUUGCAAGAAAAGGAGGAGGAGGCGACAAUCUUCACCCCCCCCUCAUGGCUUCGUCCUGUGCACAAUUUGGCGGUUGGGAGCGUUACGCAUCGGACCCUUGAUGCUACAGUGUGUCCUGAGAGGAGGCAGUGCAUUAUAGACAACACACACACACACACACACACACACACACACAACACACACACACACGCGGGGAGAGAGGAAGACCUUCGGAGGACACGAUGAAAGAUUUGAUCCUGGCUCUGAUCCUCCUGCUGCCUCUGGUCUCCUCGGAGUCGGAGCAUUGCAUCAUCAUGCGAGAACAUGAGAAAUGCAUGGAGAGGAUGGCGAUGCACAACCCCAGCGAUGACUUGGACAUGAUGUGUCCGUGGCUGUGGGACAACCUGACCUGCUGGCAGGCGGCCAGCGUGGGUGAGGUGGUGGUGGUCAACUGUCCAGAGUUCUUCCACGAACUCAUGGGCCCGGAGGACGAGAUGGGGACGGUAAGUCGUAACUGUACUGAGGACGGAUGGUCAGAACCUUUCCCUCACUACCUGGACGUCUGUCUCUUUUACGACAACGCCACUAAACCGGACAUGUACUACGCAUCAGUCAAGGCUCUGUACACUGUCGGCUACAGCACCUCUCUGGUGUCUCUCACCACCGCCAUGGUUAUUCUCUGCAGGUUCAGGAAGCUCCACUGCACCAGAAACUUCAUCCACAUGAACCUCUUUGUGUCCUUCAUGCUGAGAGCCAUCUCUGUCUUCAUCAAGGACGGAGUUUUGUACGCACAAGAAGACAGCGACCACUGCUUUGUACACACGGUGGCGUGUAAAGCUGUGAUGGUUUUCUUCCACUACUGCGUCAUGUCCAACUACUUUUGGCUCUUCAUUGAAGGCCUUUACCUCUUCACUCUGCUGGUGGAGACUUUCUUUCCUGAGAGGAGAUAUUUCUACUGGUACACCAUUGUUGGCUGGGGAACUCCAACUAUUUGUGUAACUGUCUGGGCCGUCCUCAGGCUCCAUUUUCACGACACUGGAUGCUGGGAUACAAAUGAGAACACUGCCCUCUGGUGGGUGAUCAAGGGACCUGUCGUGGCCUCCAUCAUGAUAAAUUUUGUGCUCUUUAUUGGAAUUAUCAUCAUCCUGGUGCAGAAGCUUCAGUCUCCGGACAUUGGCGGCAAUGAAUCCAGCAUUUACCUCAGCUGUGCUCAGAAAUGCUUCAGUGAGCCCUCACAGGCUGUUCAACAUUCGUGCAGGAUGUCAGAGUUAUCCACCAUCACGCUGCGUCUGGCUCGGUCCACCCUCCUGCUCAUACCACUCUUUGGAAUUCACUACACCGUCUUUGCCUUCUCACCCGAGGACGUCAGCAAGAGGGAGCGUCUGGUCUUUGAGUUGGGACUAGGAUCUUUCCAGGGUUUCGUGGUGGCUGUCCUUUACUGCUUCCUCAAUGGAGAGUUUCUCCCUGAAGGUGCAGUCAGAGAUCAAGAGGAAAUGGCGCAGCUGGACCGUGAACCGGUACUUUGCUGUGGACCUGAAGCAGCAGAGGCAUCCUUCGUUGGCCAGCAGCGGAGUGAACGGCGGGACGCAGCUGUCCAUCCUGAGCAAGAGCAGCUCCCAGAUACGCAUGUCCAGCCCCCUGGCGGAGAGCGCCAACAUCAGCCUGCCCACCUGAGCGUGUGAGCGCCACGACGACAAGCCGCCACGCGGUCUCCAUGAAUCCUCGCCAGGCGGAAGAGACCAAAGCGCCGCACACACAAGUAGAGUACUCCUAAAGUUAUUAGUGCCAGCAUUUUCUUAUCCAACCAUUCAUUUUCACACCUCAAUUACUUCAAUUUUUGUCGAGGCUUUACAAAUUCACUUUUUUCAACCUUUUUAAAGCUAUUUUAAUGAACUGUGAUCGUACUGUAGGGGUCCUAUUUGGCUUUGUGUACAGUCAGUGUGCUUCAAAGUGCCAUAGAAGUCGCCUGAAUGGAGUCCAAAGGUUUAAAACACACACACACACACACACACACACACACACACACACACUUGCCUCGCUUGUACAUAUAAUGCUCAUUGUUUAAAUGUUGCAUUUUGCUUUUUUCUACAAACAGCCGUAAAGUACCGAGUAUGUCAAAAGAUAGACACAAAGCAAAAAAAGAAAAAAAAAAACUCAUGGAUUUUUGUAAAUAGAUGGUUAGAUUUCUUUCUUUAUUCAUUAGUUUUGCAUUGUAUUGAAACAUCCUUUUCUGCAAAAGAGAGGCAAAAAAAAAAAAGAGCCCAAAUCUGUAGAAAGAAAGCAGGAAUAUAAAAAUAAUCAAUGUCAGGGGUGUCCAGAUGUUAUCAACAUCAAAAUUGUACACGUUAGAUAUAUGCUAAAAAUAAAAAUAAUAAUAAUACCGUAUUUUUCGGACUAUAAGUCGUAGUUUUUUUCAUAGUUUGGACUUAUGUGUGAAAUGAUUAACACAUUAUAAUAUUAUUGAUCUCAUUCACGUAAGAGACUAGCCCGGGGGUCGGCAACCCGCGGCUCUAGAACCGCAUGCGGCUCUUUAGCGCCACCCUAGUGGCUCUCUGGAGCUUUUUUCGAAAAUGUAUGAAAAAAGGGGGAAAAAAUACAUAUUUUUUGUGUUAAUAUGGUUUCUGUAGGAGGACAAACAUGACACAAACCUCCCCAAUUGUUAUAAAGCACACUGUUUGUAUUAAACAUGCUUCACUGAUUCGAGUAUUUGGCGAGCGCCGUUUUGUCCUACUAAUUUUGGCGGUCUUUGAACUCACCGUAGUUUGUUUACAUGUAUAUAACUUUCUAGGACGUGUUUUAUGCCACUUCUUUUUCUUUCUCAUUUUGUCCACCAAACUUUUAACGUUGUGCAUGAAUGCACAAAGGUGAGUUUUGUUGAUGUUAUUGACUUGUGUGGAGUGCUAAUCGGGCA